CAUAAAAGCUCAGUCACUGACAGCCCAACCCCUCACAGCCACUCACUCCCUGAGCUCAGCUUCCUGGAGAGUCAAGAUCCCGUUUCUUUCCUCUUGCUGCUAGACACGGAGCAUGGAGCCCCAGCGCCACUGCUGCCUCCUGGGGCUCUGCAUCCUACUGAGUCUGGCUGGAGUUACAGUCCAGGGGAGUCCAAAUAAAGUUGAUAGUAACUGUGCCAGGUGCCCGCAGCACGCCAGGUGUGUCAAUAGAACCCACUGCACCUGUGAACCAGGAUUCAGGACUACAAAUGAGAAGGAGUUCUUCUCGGACCUACUGGAAAUAUGCGAAGAUAUUAAUGAGUGUGCAGGCCCUAAUGGCGUGCAGUGUGGACCGAACGCAGACUGUAAGAAUGUAGAUGGAAGCUAUAACUGCAGCUGUGUCACCGGAUUCAGUCUGCCCUCUGGGGAGAAGCAAUUCAAGAAUUCGAGUGAGAACAAGUGCCAAGACGUGGAUGAAUGUCGGCACAACAGCUCUCUCUGUAAGCCCCAUGGGGUCUGCAUCAAUGUCCCCGGGGAUUACACCUGCACAUGCCAGCCUGGCUUUGGGAAGAGCCAGAAGGACACAUCCAAGAUCUGCACAGAUAUAGAUGAGUGCCGUGCUAAACAGUUUCCCUGCCACAACACUGCCAACUGUACCAACACUCAGGGCAGUUUCAAGUGCCAGUGUCCUAAAGGCUACCGUCCUUUGCCCGACUCUAAGGACGUGACACCGAACACCAUCUGUCAAGGGAUCUCCUUCACCUCCUGGACAUUGCCCCCAGGAGUCACCAGCAAGAGUUUAUCCCACUUCCUGAAUAACACCCAAAACCACAUCCAAAACUUUACAGCUGUCACUGCCGAGGAGGUCUUCAAGGGCCUCCUGGAGGAGGUGGACCAGCUGCUGGGGAACCCUGGGGACAUGGAGGCCCUGCCCAUCUCAACCCGGCUCAAGGUGGCCACCACCCUGCUGACUGGCCUGGAGGAUGUUCUACGUACCCUCUCCCAGGCCCUGCCCUCUGGCCAACUCCACACCCGCACCUCAAAAGGCACAGAGCUGGCCUUGGAGAGGCAGUUUCCAGAGAACAGAGCAGAAUCCAUCAACCUGCGCCACAGAGACACUCAGAUGAUGCUGAACAGGGACGUGGUGUGGGGGAAAAAUCAUUCAGACUCGGCUGUGGUGGGGCUCAUCUCCAAUCAUGGCUUGAAGAACUUGUUGGCCAAUGCCACCCUGAAAGUGGAUCCCAAGAAGGAAGUCAGCCUGAAGAAGAAGUAUGAGACCUCGGUCCGGGGAGGCCAACCGGUCCUGCUAUCAACCGUCAGCUCCAUCUUUGUGAGCAACCCAGACACCCAGACGCUGAGCUCCCCCGUCACCUUGGCUUUCAAUCACCCUGAUGUGCCAAUCAAAUGGAAGCAGGAGGUGAUCUGUGCCUUCUGGGAGCGGGAUAGCGAUGGAAGCGGCCACUGGGCCACCAGAGGCUGUGAGAAGACGGGCAGCUCUGACACUAGCACCACCUGCACCUGUACCCACCUCAGCAGCUUCGCCAUCCUCAUGGCCCAGUAUGACAUAGAGGACUGGUCUUUGUCAGUGAUCACCCAAGUGGGACUGGCUGUGUCCCUGGUCUGCCUGCUGCUCUGUAUCCUCACCUUCCUGCUGUGCCGCUCCCUUCAAGGCUCCCGCAACACCAUCCACCUGCACCUCUGCCUCUGCCUCUUUGUAGGCUCCACAAUCUUCCUAGCUGGCACCACCAACAAAACCUAUGAGGUGGGGCUGCAGUGCCGCCUGGUGGCAGGGUUGCUGCACUACUUCUUCCUGGCCGCAUUCUGCUGGAUGUGCCUGGAGGGCCUGGAGCUCUACUUCCUCGUGGUGCAGGUGUUCAACGCCCACGGCCUCCGCAAGCGCUGGCUCUUCCUGCUGGGCUACGGAAUGCCCGGCCUCAUCGUUGCCAUAUCUGCCGCCAUCUACAGCGAGGGUUAUGGCCGUGAGAGAUACUGCUGGCUGUCCCUGGAGAGAGGUUUCCUCUGGAGCUUCCUGGGACCCGUGACCGUCAUCAUUGCGCUUAAUGCCAUCAUCUUCGUGAUCACGGUCUGGAAACUCACCCAGAAGUUCUCUGACAUCAACCCAGACAUGAAAAAGCUAAAGAAAGCAAGGGCCCUGACCAUCACUGCCAUCGCCCAGCUCUGUGUUCUGGGCUGCACCUGGGUCUUUGGCUUGUUCCUCUUUGGCCCAGAGACCCAGGUUCUGAAUUACAUCUUUACUAUACUCAACUGCUUCCAGGGCUUCUUCCUCUUCCUGCUGCAUUGCCUACUCAACAAGAAGGUGAGGGAGGAGUAUCGCCGUUGGAUCUGCAUCGCUACUAAGUCUAAGUACUCAGAGUUCUCCACCUCCACCUCUGGCACUGCCACCCAGAGCCGGUCUCUCAGGCCCUCACAGGAAUCAGGAAUGUGACAGCAGCUUUGACUGCUCUGGGACACUGCAGCUUUGCACAUGCCAAAGAGCAAGCUCCCCCCCACCUUCAUCCUCCUCUUCGUCCUCCUCCUCCUGCCCUCUUCUUAAGGUUGGACACCGAGACUUCCUGCUCCGGCUCUUCCAGGAGCUCCCUGCGGCAGCCCAUCAUCCACAGUGGAACCUAGCUCUCCUGGGUAACAUUGUCUUCCCCAAGAAGCAGAAGCGGGGGGCCAGAGGCCUGCUCCAAGGUUACAGCAGCCAAGCAGCCCACCUCCUCACCAUCUGAGGAGGCAGUCGGCACCACUCUGUCAGGGAGACAGACCAAACCACAGCCCCUCAAUUAGAGGGGAGCGGGCUUCUUGCCACACAACUCCAGUUUACAUCUGGAUGAAACCCCAAGGGACCAAAGCUGUAGCUGACCACUCCAAAGGGAGCAACUGACUCAGAGAGGAUGCUCCCUACCCUGCCACCUGGGCUAAAACUCCCUUUUGCUCCAGUUUAGAGCUCCUCCCGAUCUGACUGCCCAGGGAAGGCAUUCAGCCAUGCCUUAUCCAUAUUUAACUUUGGAGCCUAAAAAUGCCCCAUUGGGUGAGACCUCUCGUGCACCCAAGAAACAGUGGCCAGUUGCCCUCCUGGGCACCCUUAACUUUUCCCUCUGUUAACCCACCAUGGGCCCACCCUGCUUACUUCGGGAAAGGGUUUACUUUGAGGACUCCCCAGUUCCAGCUGGCACAAGUGCUUCUCUGGAGCGUAGGACCCCAGACAAUGAGUGGCGUUCUGGGACUGGGGGGGCUUGUGUGGAGAGGGAGGGGAGGAAGUGGAAGAUUAGGGCGGGGGUCUGAGUUCAGCUCUUCUUUGCAAAGGCUUGGCUCACAGUAAGGAGGUGUGGGGGUUCCAGGAGCCUGACUGGGGGAGCCGAGCCCCCGCCAUCUCCUCUGGCACUCUAAAGAAUGAUUCCUUAAAGCUACGUGGUGGCCCGACCCAGUCCAACCAACGGGACCGGGCAGGAGAGUGGCGAGUAGAGACUAUUCCCAACCUGAGGGCUAGAGCUUCCCUCAUCUAAAGCUUUGCUCCUCUUCCCCCACCUUUGGGGCCUAAGGGAAGGAGAGAGGGGAAAAAGUAGCCCAGGCUGCCUAAGGGACUCGACAGAAACAAACGGUACAAGGUGGCUGAGGAAGGAGCCGAUGGUACGGGGGAAGAGAAUAAAGACAGGUAGCUGUGCUGCCUCAGGGGGAAGUCUAACUAUUCACUGUGUUAUGGUUUUUGUUAAGCUUUUCACUGUUGACACUUAAAAAUUAAAUAUUAUGAUGAUGACAUAAA